UUCAGAGUUCAGUGCUUUGUAGUUUGUAGUUUGUACUUUGUGUUUCAAUGUUAUUUUAUUAGACUUCACACAGCAGCCAACUAUAAUUGUAAAGGCGAGGUGGCGGUUCAUAAAAUAUAUUUAUUGUAAUUGCAUUUUGUUUCCCAACUUGUUGGUUACUGUUGUGCGAGUCACUAUGCUUGUUGCACAGUAUAAUUCCCGAUCAUGGCAUAAAGACAGUAGUCAAGCAAAGCCCUACUGCCAGUGCUGGAAUAAGAAAUCACCAGUAUCGUGGACUCAGUUAGGUACUUGUGUUUGUGGAGAGGAAAAUGAAGUGAGUGAAUGGAAAUGGGAACAGCCAACAGAAUCUGGAACUAGUUGGGUUGUGUUAAGUGAGGAUAAGAAGCAAGUGACAUUCCAUCCCUUCUACAGUUCUGGCACUGCUGCAGCUAAGGGUGAUACACCUUUGUUACUUAACCAGCACUAUUAUUGGGAAAUCAAAAUACUUACCGACACAUAUGGCACAGAUAUUAUGGUUGGAGUGGGUACAAAUAAAGUCAUCCCAACUAAUGUCCAAUUUAAAUUCACAUCUCUGUUGGGACAAGAUUCAGAGUCGUAUGGCCUGUCAUACACAGGAGCUAUUAGACAUAAUGCAAUGAUCUCGAAGGUUUCAGUUGGAUUCUGUAAAGGCAGUAUUGUUGGAGUACGAGUUGAUAUGUGGAGAGGAACAUUACAAUUUUUUUUGAAUAGGAAAGCACAGGGAAUUUCAUUUUACAAUCUACGCCGUCACAAAGCACUAUAUCCUAUAAUCUGUUCCACCGCUGCACAAUCGUCCAUGCGUUUGAUAUAUGCAGCGUCAUGGCGAGCUUCAUUGCUCGUAGACUCGGCUAAGAUUCUUGGAGCAUCAAUAAAACGGGAAACGAUACCACCUGGUUUACGAUAUAUGGUCGGAUCACAGUUCUGGUUGACGCUGCCUACGGGUGAUGGUUCUGAUAUAAGUGACGAUGACGAGCCAAGCCCCGUUGAGAAGGGACAAGUAAAGUGGGAGCCAAAUGUGUUGGACGACAUUUUGCCGAGUCCGUAUGUGAACGGUUUUUACGUAGACAAUGUGGAGAGGAAUUAUCGUGUCGUCGUUUGGGAAUGAAGACUUCGAAUUAGGUGCCAAUAUUUUCAUCAAGAAUUCAUCAGAGCCAUCGUUAAAUGUUUUAUUUAGAUUAAUUGAUAAGCUGAAUUAUUUAUUUGACUUUUAUGCAUUCAUACAAAUAAUUUGUUUUUCUAAGUACAGCUCUAUUUAAGCCCCAUAAAUAGUGUAUAUUCUAUAUUUUAAUUUUAAAAAAUUGCAAGGAAUUUUACGAUAGUAAGUAAUUUUUUUUUAAUCAUUUAGGAACAGAUUUGUCCCUAGGAUUAUAGGAUAUAUUAUAGUAUCAAAUAUUAUGACCAUGAAUUAUUUAUAGAUAAAUACACGAUUAUCGUAAAAAAGUUUUUUAUUUGACAUUAAUGUAAGUACUUUGAAGUUGAAUUCAAAAAUACUGACAAACAUCUCGAACAAUUAAUGUCCUUGCCUGCGCAGAACCGAAUGUUAGGUAUCACUGUAUGAUUUAGCAUGGUAGAGAGAGUUUUACCUCCAAGGAACCUUUAAAAAAUAUAAUGAGAUAGUAAGGCCCCUCCUUACCAGGGCCUGAUUAACCCUUAGGCUAGAACUGGAUCUACAAGCAAAUGGGAGAUUUUAGUAUCCAAAUCAGAUGAGGAAUCGACGGUACAAAAAGUC